CCCGUGCUGCUUCGGUGCGGCUGCGCUGAGGGCGCGCGGGCUAGUUGAGACCCUCGGUGUCCUAACGAAAACCGUGGGGCGUCCAGGCCGGCGGGGCUUUGUGCGAGCCGUACCUUCCCACUCGCGGCCAGCGCGCGACCUGGGCUCGGCCAGGCUCCGGAAGGGGGGGCUCCGCGCAGCCACUCCCCGAGGUCUGGGGAGCUCAGGCGCCUCGAAGCUUGUGUUCCCUGCGCUUGGCAGUUCUUGUUUCUUUUGUCCUAUUGAGCGCGGACUAGAUAGAGUCAUUUUAGAGUAACAGUUCAGCCGAUCUCUGAUGAUGGGCGCUGCUUCUGCACUGGCCUGCGGGGAUUUCAAAUUUGACAGCCCCCUCAGACCGUAGUCUAGAGAUGAUGUAUCUAGGGAAUGUUGAAGACAGGAAGGAGAUAAGCGUUUUUAUUUUAAAGUAACUCCUCACUUGUGUUCCCCCCACCCCCGCUUCAUUUAGAAGCUCAAGAUUUUUCUAAUGGCAUAAAGAUUCAUUUCUGUUGAGGGUGUAGUUUGUUACUUUUCUUAGUGUUUCUGCCCUUCUCCUGUUGAAUGGAAAAUCAACAAUUAUUAGCCAGGGUGCGAUCUACUUUGUGUUCAACUUAUAUACUUCAAUUUGUAAGCCAUAUGUAGUGGGGUUUUUUUUUGCUGGAAUCUCCUUGACUGUGGGACAGAUGUAACUGGAAUUAUACAUAGGGGUUAAAAGAACUCUUCCUUUUACAAACGAUUCUGAUAUAAGGCAUAUUUCAUAUAAUUGUUGCUAAGCUGGGCCCCUUUUGUUCUUGAACUGUUGAGCCCCAUUUUCAAAGAUGAGAACAUAGGGAACUGAGAACUUGAAUCUAAUAGACCCAGUGGAAAAGCAUGAUAGGAAAAAAAAUGUUUAUUUCUUUGUGGGAGUUCUUCUAUGGGCACUUUUUUCGAUUUUGGAUGAAAUGGCUCUUACGGCAGAUGACCGGAAAGUGUGAAUUGCAGCGAAUUUUUGAUACCUAUGUAGGUGCACAAAGGACACACAGGAUAGAAAAUUCCUUGACCUACUCCAAGAAUAAGGUUUUGCAGAAAGCAACACUUGUUGUUCAGAGUGAAGUAGACAAAUGUGUAGAAGAUAUAAUGAAGGAAAAGAAUAUUAAUCCUGAGAAGGAUGCCAGUUUUAAAAUCUGCAUGAAGGCAUGCUUACUGCAGAUAUCCGGUUAUAAACAGCUCUAUUUGGAUGUAGAGAGUGUGAGGAAAAGGCCAUAUGAUUCUGAUAACCUCCAACAUGAAAAGCUGCUUCUCAAGCUUUGGAAUCUUCUAAUGCCCACGAAAAAGUUGAAGGCUAGAAUCUCCAAGCAGUGGGCUGACAUUGGUUUCCAGGGUGAUGAUCCCAAAACAGACUUCAGAGGCAUGGGCAUACUUGGAUUAAUCAAUCUCGUGUAUUUCAGUGAAAACUAUACCAGUGAAGCUCACCAGAUUCUUUCCCGUUCAAAUCAUCCAAAAUUAGGGUAUUCUUAUGCAAUAGUUGGAAUCAACCUUACUGAGAUGGCUUAUAGCUUGCUAAAGAGUGAAGCUUUGAAGUUUCAUCUCUACAACUUUGUUCCUGGUAUACCGACAAUGGAACACUUUCAUCAGUUUUAUUGUUACCUUGUCUAUGAAUUUGACAAGUUUUGGUUUGAAGAAAAGCCAGAAAGCAUUAUGUAUUUCAACAUGUAUAGAGAGAAGUUUCAUGAAAAGAUUAAAGGACUCUUACUGGAUUGUAAUGUAUCACUUACUUUAAAAAUAUGAAUCAUCCGUAGUAUCUUCUAUUUCUACCACAUUUUGCACACACAACAGAAUUUAUAUGUUGUAAUAGAAAGUAUCUGAUCAAUUACACUCCUUAUAUAUAAUUUCCUACAAAAAGAUUUCAGAAAUUCUAUUUAAGAAAGCUAGUGGACAAUCAGUGUAUGUUUACAGUUGUUUAUACACUGUUUUCCAAAGGUACCUUAUCCUUCCAAAGAUCCCUUCUGUAGAGUCCUGUGAACUACAGUUUGGAACUUGGGACUUAGCCCAUGUAGUGUAAAAGUACAAAUCAGGUAUUUGUAUUUAAUUGGUUGAUUAAAAUGUGUGAGAAUCAGUUUUCAUUUUUAUGUGUUGUACUAUCAAGUCAGUAUCGUAACCUUUCAAAGCUCUUUUAAGAUUUUUUUGUGUUUUAGUUUGGAGAUGAUUGUUCUUUUUCUGUGUCAUGUUUUCUUCCUAGGUUAAUUAACAGGAAGAGUAGUUCUUCAUGGUUUUCUUUGUUUGCAUCUCAAUCACAUGCCCUAAUGUUGCUUCAUUAGUAGCAAAAAGCAUUGAUAUGUCAGACAGGAUAAAGAAUCAUGGCCUCUUUUUUUUUUGGUUUCCCUGAUUAUUUAGCAUAAUGGAUAAUGAGAGAAUGACAGUAUUGGUGACUAGCUUUUUUGUUUCUAAAUACCACACUUUAAAAUAUCACAGUGGUAUUUUAAAGCUUAAAAGCAUUUUCUCAUCUUCAGUUAUUUGCUUUUCAGUCAGUUGUAGAAAAGAAUAAUAAUGCUUGGUGCGAAGGCCUUUUAUGAGGCUUCUCUGCCUGUGAGUGUUUAUGAAAAGAGAUGUAUUGGCUAAGAAAAUCUAGACUGUAUUUGAAGGACAGUGGCUAUUUCAAUAAAACUGUCUUUGAACUUAUACAAAAGGAAAACUUAAAGCUUUUCAAAAAUACUGGUGAAACAUCAUUGGUUUAUUUUAUGUACGAUUAACUGUUGCUUCUUUUUGCUUUGCCUCCAUGGUGUUUCUGGAUAAUGGUAUAUGGACUUUAUGGGUAUUCUUUGAGUUAGUGGUCUGUGGGAUUCAAAAGUAGCCUGAGGAUGAUGACUGUGCAUUUCGUAUAGCUUUAUUCUCCUAAAAUCUCAGGAGGGCAUCAAGUGCUGUCAAGGAUUAUAUAGUGAUGAGCUUCUCAUGGGAAUGAUUUCUUCCUUGUGUGUUUUAGACAUUUGUACUCCUAGCAAAACUAAAAGAGUUUAAAGAUAGGUUUGUCUGAUCACUAAGUUCUUAAAUCCUACAGAAACCGGCCUAUUAAAGACAUAUUUUAAAUAUGAUGAGAGUUAGCCCGUCUUUAAAUGUGUAUAUCAGGUGCUUAAGGACUGACUCAUGUGGUAGCAAGACCCGAGACUUUCAGUGUUCGUUCAUGUCUCUUGACAGACCUCUUUCUGCAAACUUGUCAGAGAGGUAAAAAACAUCCGAGUGAAAGUAACAGAUGCAGUGUCGUAUAGCACACACAUUGAAAGCGCAGCAUCAAAACUAUUACUUUCUCAACAGGAUAAAACACGUAAAACUUGGGUUCACUUUAUUAUUGAUUGUGGUGGUUUAGUGUCUCCAUAUCACAGGCAUUUAAAAUUGGUUUCUUGUAGGAGACUUCUAAACCCUGGGAUUAUCUGAAUUUUUUCUUUAUGCUUUCAGUGCAUUAGUUUCUAGCUCUGCAGUUCUAGGAGAUGUAGCAAAAUCCUGGUAAGGAUCAGGUGCUAACCAUUAAAGCUCAUUUUAUAGUGUUUACUAUUACAUGGAAAGCAAUUCUGUUAGUCUUUUAAUGUUUAUGCUGAAAAUUCUUACCUUUAUAUUUUAAUCUUUCAACAGCUGAGGUCUUGAACUGAUUUAAACCUUUGUCAGUAUGCUUAAUAAAGAAUGACACAAGUAUGUAUGGAAGGGAAGACUUUUUAAAGUAAUCAAGUUUUUCGCCUUCUGUGGAGGAAAAAUACUUUGUAAUAAUGUUUUGAGAAUGUCAUUUGAAAGUUUGGUCAGUAAUAUGUUCUUUAAAUCCAUCACUGUUUGUACAAUAUAAAUUCUGUCCUGCUUUUGCUUCAGAUACUCAAUAACCAUUUCAGAAGCUCUGUAGUGAAUUGGUCUAAAAGAUACCAAUAAAUUCUAAAGUUUGAUAGUCUGGAAGCCAAGCUAAGCGUCCCCACUUGUAAAUUAGAAUGUAACAUAGUGACAUACAUGAAAAAAUAUAAUUGUGUCUCCUGUCCUAUUUUUCCUUGCUUUCAGCAUAUGUGUAUUAGAAUUUUAUGUAGUCUUAAAAUCCAUGUUUAGAAUCUUCCCUGUUUCUGUAAUAAUGAAUAAAAUACCAAAGUAGUGAUAGAAUUGAAGUAGCAGGAAAAUUAUGUUUGUUUUAGCAUCAGAAAAGUGAAUCGAUGUUAAAAUCAAUUUUUGUAUAUGCCAGAUCAAAGAGAGCGUGCCAGUGACAAGAAUGGUGUAAAAAUAGAAUUAUACUGGUCGUAGUUCAAGUAUGUUCUGAAAGACAAUCUUUAGGGAAAUGGGAGAAUCAGGGGAUAUCAGUAUGUCAGUGAACCUAGAUCAGCCUCUCUUUGUAUAUAAAUAUGGUGAUAUAGUUAGAUAUAAAAAUCAGUGUCUUACUGGCACCAGUUUAGAAAACAGGAUCUUUUUCUUAAAAAAUGCCCAUCCUGAUUUUUUUUCUACUUUAACAGCUACUUGGAUUUGUAUGUAUUUUUCUAUGUGAAAAAUAUAUGUACUCUUCAUUUUUAUUCCAGUAUUAAUAAUUGUUUAAAUACUGUUUCUCCCCUUUGCAUUCAGCGAAAUAGAACUUGGUCAAAGAUUUGCUCAAAGGAGCAGCAUUACAUGAGUGGAAAGUGGAAUUCUCGUUUCCAGAGCAGAAAAGAUUACACACUAUCAUGGCACAGAAGAGAAGUUUGGCUUGGAGGGCAAUAAUGUUUAGAAUUAAUGAUCAGGGGCCAGCAGCUAUUUUCUCAGGAUAAAGGGUCCACCUAACUUCUCUCUGAACAAGUCUGGGGAGGCUUCCUUUCCAUUUUCACAUCUAUGAACCUCUCCGCACAAGCAGAUUUUUAACAAAGACGAAGGGACUUACUAAACAUCUGAGAGAAAUCAUGAGUGAGCUGGUUCUUUUUUUCUGGCUUCACCUUUUGACAAGAAAAAGUUUAAAUGUAGUUCAGGUAAGACCUAACUAUUAUAGGGCAAUCCUUUUUUUUUUUCUUUCUUUCUUUUUUUAAUUAUAGGGCAAUUCUGUGGUUCUGUUAAUGUAUUAAAAAAAUAAGCAGUGGCUUUCCCUGGGGGAAAAAGUGCUGGUUGUCAACUUAAAGAAAUCGAUUUUUGUCUACUUUGGAUAAAACAAUUAACUUCAUAUGUAAAAGCAAUAGUUUAAAUGUGAUGUCAUUUUGUUCAGAAUGUUGUGAACAAAUAAAAAAGUGUGUCAAAAUUGUUA